CGGACGUGAAUGUUAUUCUACUUAUUAAUGAUUCUGUGUAUAUUUUUCAGAACAUAUUUUACGUAUUUCGUAAGAAUUAGCGAUCCAAUAGUACACAAAAGUUUAUGAUCGCUUAUCGCACUGGUUUCUGCGAGAGCCAUUACGCGAGCAAAGUUCCUCGCGCAUGCGCGGCGAGCGCGGAGAUUAGCACAACAGACUGACGCCAUGUUCUCCCACGCGGUAACGAACUUCACGGGAGCAGGAAAAUGGCCAAUGGUGUGUAUCUCUUGUCGUUAGUCGACGCGGUACAAUUUUUAAGUUCUCCAACUCUGUGAAAUGUGCAUGUGUAAUAUAUAUUGUGUAUAUGUGAAAACAUAUAUAGUGUUUAUCGUGAAAACGUGAAUUUCAAAGUAGUGAAAUUUGCAGCAGCAGAGGCGGUGUCGAGCGAACGGGAAACGCUGCAAUGGCUCACUAGCUGUUGCCUUUCUCGCAGCUCUCAUAUAUACAUUUCCGAGAAAACGUAUUAUUUAUCUAAUGGUAAAUCUUGAAUGAAGAAUUAGAACCUUUGUAAUGUAAUAAUAUGGCGAGUCCUUCACCGCAAUCUUCGCCUAUGCCGCCUCCGCAAGCUCCGAGUCCGAUGGGUCCACCCCAGCAAGCACCAUCUCCAUCCAACGCUCAAGGUAGUCCGAUGGGACCGCCGCAGCAUCAUCCCCACAGUCCGACGCAGAGCUAUCAAGGAGGUCCAUCCAUAUCGUCAGGAGGACCGCCUAUGUCACAGUCAUCUCAGCAGCCGCCACCUCAGCAACAAAAUUACUCACCUCAUCCGCAGCAAAUCCCUCCCAACAUGGGUCCACAGAAUCAAGGUCCUGGCGGCCCGGUCGGGCAAGGACCCGCUUCUCAGCAAGGUCCUGGCGGAUCUAUGGUGUCGGGUCAGAUGGGACCGAAUGGACCACAGAGCGGAUCCCACAUGAUACAAACCGGCCCAAGUCAGAUGGGUUCUAAUGGGCCGGGACAAAUGGGCCCCAGUGGGCCAGGACAGAUGGGUUCCGGCGGUCCUGGCCAGAUGGGUCCGGGUGGGCCUGUGCAGAUAGGUCCUGGCGGGCCUGGUCAAAUGGGUCCCGGCGGGCAACUAGGUCCUGGUGGGCCUGGACAGAUGGGUCCCGGCGGUCCUGGGCAGUUGGGUCCCGGUGGGCCCGGUCAAAUGGGUCUCGGUGGGCCUGGGCAGUUAGGUCCCGGCGGGCAGAUGGGUCCUGGAGGACAAAUGGGCCCGUCUCACAUGGUGCAAGGAGGAGGGCCGUCCGGUACGUCUCACAUGGGCCAAGCUGGACAAAUGGGCCCGGGCGGUGGACCUGUGACAGGCCCCCAGAUGGGCGCCGGAGGGCCCCAGAGCUCACAAAUGGUCUCCGGAGGUCCCGGACACAUGAGCGGUCCGCCGGGUCACAUCAAUGCAAGCGGUCCGCAAGGACCGGGUCACAUACCCGCCAGCGGGCCGUCCGGUCCGGGACAUAUGGGCGCGGGACCGCCGGGAUCGGGGCACAUGAAUGCCACUGGGCCACCUGGAUCCGGGCAUAUGAACGCAACGGGCCCUCCCGGACCGGGUCACAUGAAUACCAGCGGACCUUCCGGGCCAGGCGGUCAUAUGAACACUGGCCCGCCCAUCCCGAGUCACAUGAAUGCCAGCGGACCGACGGUUUCCACGCAUAUGAACGUAAGCGGUCCGGGAAAUCACAUGGGCCCCAAUGCUCCCGGUCAGAUACCAGCAGGUGGUCCCACAGGACACAAUUUAGGCCCAGGGGGUCCGAAUCAAAUGGGUCCCGGUGGUCCGAGUCAGAUGAUAUCGAGCGGUCAAGCUCAAAUAGGACAAGGCGGGCCGAUGGGUCCAGUCGGACCGACGGGGCAGAUAGGCCCGAACGGGCAAUUGGGCCAUAAUGGGCCGUCGCAGAUGGGAAUGGGCGGUCCACCCGGACAAAUGACUAUGAAUGCACCGGGAGGACAAAUGGGACCCGGAGGACCAAGUAACCAAAUGGGCCCGGCAGGAGCGGGCAGUCAAAUGGGAUCGGGCGCACCGGGGAGUCAGAUGGGACCUUCCGGUCCAGCGGGCCAAAUGGGACCUGGAAGCGGGCCUGUAGGACAAUUAGGGCCGAACAGUCUCGGCCAAAUGGGUCCGGGUGGACCAGUUAACGUGCCGAUGACGACGAGUAGUGGGCCCGUCGGCACAAUGGGUCCGGGAAGUGGGCCUAACGGGCCAACCGGAGUAAACGCGGCUAGUGGACCCGGUGGGCAAAUGACCUCGAGUAGUGGCCCCGGGGGGCAAAUGAGUUCGACGGGCCCCGGGGGUGGUGGCACUGGUGGUCAAAUGGGAUCGGGGAGUGGUCCCGGGUCGCAGAUAAAUUCGGGCAGCGGGCCCGGUGGACAGAUGGGGCCGGGCAGCGCGCAGAUGGGAGGACACGGCGGUAGCGGGCCUGGCGGACAAAUGGGACCGGGAAGCGGACAGAUGGGACCGGGCGGUGGUCCCGCCGGUCAAAUAGGACCGGGAGGACAGAUUCCAUCCGGCGGGCCAGGACAGAUGAUGCAAGGAGGUGCUCAGAUGGGCCCGAACACGCCGAGUAAUCAAAUCGGACCUGCCGGACCGAACAACCAGAUGGGACCGUGCGUGCCGAAUAACCAGAUUGGUCAUGCAAACGUGACCGGACAAAUGGGUCCUAACGGACCGGCUGGUCAGCCGCCGACCACUCAGAUAGGCCCCGGUGCUCAAAAUCAGGGCCAGGUUCCCGGCAGUGCGGCGCCGAUAGGCUCGGGCGCGCCGGUGAAUCAGAUGAGUCAGACUGGGAGUGGACAAAUCGGUCCUACCGGGCCUGCGGGACCUCCGGGACCGGGCCAGGAAAAUUUGAACGCCCUCCAAAAGGCGAUCGACUCGAUGGAAGAGAAAGGCCUGCAGGAAGAUCCACGAUACUCGCAGUUGUUGGCUCUCAGAGCUCGUCAAGGCAGCGGAAUGGGCGAGAAACAGACCUUCAGCUCGCCGCAAUUGCAGCAGUUGCGUGUUCAAAUAAUGGCGUACAGAUUAUUGGCGAGAAAUCAACCACUGUCGCAACAUCUCGCUCUUGCUGUACAAGGUGGAGCUCCACCUCCCCCAGGGAUAGUUCAACGUCCUAUAGACCCGUCUCAAGCCCCUGCUGCACCAGCUGGACCGCAGAUUCCAGGCCCGAAUGUCAUUGGGCCCGCAAAUGUAACCAGGCCGGGUUGCCAGACGCCGCAACAGCAGCAACCGCAACCGCAACCCGGCACUAAAACCAACAGAGUUACGAGUGUUGCGAAACCAGCUGGAUUAGAUCCACUGUUGAUACUGCAGGAACGAGAGAACAGGGUCGCAUCUCGCAUAUCACUUCGGAUGGAACAGCUCAGUAAUCUACCGACAAAUAUGCCGGAAGAUCUGCGUAUACAAGCUCAGAUCGAACUACGCAUGCUUCGAGUGCUAAACUUCCAGAGACAAUUGAGAUCAGAGAUCUUAGCGUGUACCCGAAAAGACACCACUUUAGAGACUGCGGUGAAUGUGAAGGCUUACAAACGCACGAAACGGCAGGGAUUGCGCGAAGCCAGAGCUACCGAAAAAUUGGAGAAGCAACAGAAAUUGGAGGCGGAACGUAAACGGAGGCAGAAACAUCAAGAAUUCCUUACUUCUGUACUGCAACAUGGAAAAGACUUCAAAGAAUUUCACCGCAAUAAUGUCGCAAAAUUAGCCAGGCUUAAUAAAGCGGUGCUUAACUACCAUGCAAACGCCGAGCGAGAACAAAAGAAAGAACAGGAACGUAUUGAGAAAGAGCGUAUGCGCCGUCUAAUGGCGGAAGACGAGGAAGGAUACCGAAAAUUGAUCGAUCAAAAGAAGGACAAACGUUUGGCGUUCUUGUUGUCUCAAACCGAUGAAUAUAUUAGCAACCUCACGGAAAUGGUAAAGCAACAUAAAAUGGAACAGAAGAGGAAGCAAGCUGAAGAACAAAAACGUAAGAAGAAAAAGAAAAAAAUGCAAGAUGGUGAGACCGGUGAAGAUGGCGCGGCCAACGACGACACUCGCGUUGGCGUGAUAGAAACAUCGACUGGUCGCACGUUAACCGGCGACGAGGCGCCGCUGAUGAGUCAACUGUCGGCGUUUUUAGAGGCUCAUCCAGGGUGGGAACCGAUCGAGUCGGAUAGCGAGGAAGACGAGGAGGACGAUGAGGAAGACAAUGGAAAUGACAGCGAAGAUAAGUCUGACAGCAAAGAUAAAUCAACGGGCGAUUCUGAAGAAGAGAAAGUGAAGAAGACGAUACACAAGGCGAAAGUGGAGGAUGACGAGUACAAAACGGAAGAACAGACAUACUACAGUAUCGCGCAUACUAUUCGCGAAGUGGUCACAGAACAGGCAAGCAUUAUGGUGAACGGAAAAUUGAAGGAAUAUCAGAUCAAGGGUUUAGAGUGGCUGGUAUCGCUGUUUAACAAUAAUCUGAACGGUAUCUUGGCGGACGAGAUGGGCCUUGGUAAAACGAUUCAGACAAUUGCUCUGGUCACGUAUCUCAUGGAGAAGAAGAAGGUCAACGGUCCGUUCCUCAUCAUCGUUCCGCUAUCAACGUUGUCGAAUUGGGUUCUCGAAUUUGAGAAAUGGGCACCGAGCGUCGUUGUAGUGUCGUACAAAGGUUCACCGGCUGGCAGGCGAGCGAUACAAUCUCAAAUGCGAGCCACAAAGUUCAAUGUCUUGUUAACGACCUAUGAAUACGUUAUCAAAGAUAAAGGCGUGUUGGCUAAACUGCAAUGGAAGUACAUGAUCAUCGACGAGGGACACAGAAUGAAGAAUCAUCAUUGCAAACUCACCCAAGUACUGAACACGCAUUAUUUGGCCCCUCAUCGGCUGCUUUUGACCGGCACACCGUUGCAAAAUAAAUUGCCCGAAUUGUGGGCUCUUCUGAAUUUCCUGCUGCCUUCGAUCUUCAAGUCCUGCAGCACAUUCGAGCAGUGGUUCAACGCUCCUUUCGCGACUACCGGUGAGAAGGUGGAACUUAACGAGGAGGAAACCAUUUUAAUUAUUCGUCGUUUGCACAAAGUCUUACGACCCUUCUUGUUGAGACGCUUGAAGAAAGAAGUGGAGUCACAAUUACCCGACAAAGUGGAAUAUAUUAUCAAAUGCGAUAUGUCUGGUCUUCAGAAAGUACUUUAUAAGCAUAUGCAAAGUAAAGGUGUACUGUUAACCGAUGGAUCGGAAAAGGGAAAGCAAGGAAAGGGCGGCGCCAAAGCUCUCAUGAACACCAUCGUACAGCUGAGGAAAUUGUGCAAUCAUCCGUUCAUGUUCCAAGCUAUAGAAGAAAAAUACUGCGAACACGUGGGCACACAAGGUUCCGGCGUUAUUACCGGACCCGACUUGUAUCGCGCGUCCGGAAAGUUCGAGCUUCUCGACCGCAUUCUCCCCAAAUUGAAGGCUACGAAUCACCGAGUCUUGCUAUUCUGUCAAAUGACCCAAUUGAUGACAAUUAUGGAGGAUUACUUGAGUUGGCGAGGAUUCAUGUACUUACGAUUGGACGGCACGACGAAAGCAGAAGACAGGGGUGAUUUAUUGAAGAAAUUCAACGAUCCCAGAUCGGAAUAUUUCCUCUUCCUGCUGUCCACACGCGCCGGCGGUCUCGGUCUGAAUCUCCAAGCUGCCGAUACGGUUAUUAUCUUCGAUUCUGAUUGGAAUCCUCAUCAGGAUCUGCAAGCUCAAGACAGAGCGCAUCGAAUCGGACAGAAGAACGAAGUGCGUGUACUUCGAUUGAUGACUGUGAAUUCCGUAGAAGAACGAAUACUGGCAGCGGCCAGAUACAAAUUGAACAUGGACGAGAAGGUGAUUCAGGCUGGUAUGUUUGAUCAGAAAUCCACCGGGUCGGAACGGCAACAGUUCCUUCAGAGUAUUCUGCAUCAGGACGACGCUGAAGAUGAAGAAGAAAACGAAGUGCCAGAUGAUGAAACUGUGAAUCAAAUGAUCGCCCGGACGGAGGGUGAAUUUGAGAUAUUCCAGAAAUUGGACGUUGAACGCGAGGAAGCCAACAUGGGCCCGAAUCGCAAGUCGCGACUAUUGGAGGAGGCCGAGUUACCCGAUUGGCUGGUGAAGGAUGACGACGAGGUGGAGAGGUGGACGUACGAAGAGGACAAAGACAGAUUCCUCGGAAGAGGUUCGAGGCAACGCAAGGAAGUCGAUUACACGGACAGUUUGACCGAGAAGGAGUGGUUGAAGGCGAUCGACGACGACGGUGCGGAAUACGAAGAGGAAGAGGAAGACGACAAGAAGAAGAAGAAGACACGAAAACGGAAGAAGAAGGGCGAAGAGGACGACGAGCCAUUGCCGAAGAAGCGAAGAGGCGGCGGGGCUCUGGUCGAUCCCAAAAUGAAGCAAGCUAUGAAGAAGCUGAUUAUGUUGGUCGUUAAUUACACCGACAGCACCGAUGGCCGAGUAUUGAGCGAUCCUUUCAUGAAAUUACCGUCACGAAGAGAAUUACCGGAUUACUAUGACAUUAUUAAGAAGCCUUUGACCAUCAAUAAGCUGUUGCAGAAGAUCGAAGAAGGCAAAUAUACCGAUUUCGACGAGCUUGAGAAAGAUUUUAUGCAACUUUGCAAAAAUGCUCAAAUAUACAAUGAAGAAGCGUCUCUUAUUCACGAAGAUUCGAUAGUGUUGCAGUCCGUUUUUACGAAUGCACGUCAGCGUCUCGAAGAGGAGGGUAAUAAUUCGGAUGGGGAUGAUAAAGACGGCGAAGAGGGCUCGGAUGCGGAUUCCAGUGUGAGAAUGAAAAUUAAAUUGAAGGGCAGGAAAGGCGAAGGUAGAGGCGGCCGUAGGAAGCGAGUCACUAAGAAAUAUAUAUCCGACGACGAGGACGAUGCCGAUGAUAAUUAAGGAAUACGUGAUUUAUUCUUCUUUCAAAGCGGUGCUCGGCAAUAUUUAUUCGCAGGUGAUAACAUUUUUUCGAAUACGCAUUUGCAAAAAAAAAUGUAGCAUAUAUAUAUAUAUAUAUAUAUAAUAUAUUGAUUACGUUUAAACGGCAAUGUUAAUCCGGUUUAGAUCUAAAAGGAUACACCAUACGAUAGUUCGCUAACUACAAUAACAACCAUAGCUUUUUAUUUGAAAGCACAACGUAAAAAAUCUCAGCGCGUUUUUUCACUUCUAACGUAAUGAAAACGAGGACGCAGCGACUAUUCCGCAGUCUUGAGUGUUUCUCACAUCCAGACGUGUCUAAAUAGAUUUAUAUUUAUACAUUCAGUAUGUACCAAUAAGCCUACCAGAAUCAUAAUUUAAUGGCGACAGUCUCUUUACCAAAGUCAAGUUACAAUUUAUAGUUGUAGUUGUACUUUCUCGUAAGAUUUUAUUGUGUCAACAUUCUCCAUUGAUGCAUAAUAUACUGUCGAAUCAUUUUUUAAUAAUAAUCUUAUCGAAUGAUCCGAGAUAAAUACUCUCGCAUCUGAGCAUUGGUAUAUCCUUUUAGAUUUUAAAAAUGUACUCUUAAUUAAAUGCGAGAAUUAGCUGAUUAACGAUAACUAAAUCGAAUUGAUAUUGCCGUAUAAAUAAAGCCAUUAUCGUAUAUUUUAUAUAUGCUACAUAUGUGUGAGUCCGUUAUUAUUGAUUUAUUUUGUCUGACACCGUUUUGGGAAAGAAUGAGAAAUAGAUGCAGCUGAAGUAUUUAUCUUGGAUCAUUCGAUAAGAUUAUUAUUAGAGAAUGAUUCGACAGUAUAUUAUGCAUCAAUGGAAAAUGUUAAUUGAUACAAUAAAAUCUUACGAGAGAGUACAACUACAAAUUGUAACUUGACUUUUGGUAAAAAGACUGUUCAUUAAGUUAUGAUUUCGACAGGCUUAUUGGUACAUAUUGAAUAUAUAAAUAUAAAUCUAUUUAGACACGUCUUAAGUUAUGAUUCCGACAGGCUUAUUGGUACAUACUGAAUAUAUAAAUAUAAAUCUACUUAGAUACGUCUGGAUGUGAGAAACAUUCAAGGCUCCGAAUAGUCGCUGUGUCCUCGUUUUAAUAACGUUAGAAGCGAAAAAACGCAUUGAAAUUUUUUACGUUGUGCUUUCAAAUAAAAAGGUGUGUCCACAAAAUGACACGAUCAAUUCGACAAAUUUGCAAAAUCGAACGAACAUUUUUCUUUUACUUCAUCAAUAAGUAAUCUAAAAUGAAUUUUAAUAAAAUCAUGAAAAAAGAAAUUAGAAAAAGAAGGCUUCAUGUCAAAUUAAUUUUUCGACCAUUCGUUGAUUGUUCGAGUGAAAAAAGAAGUGUUCGUCCAAUUUUAUAAGUGUAUUGAAUCGGUCACAAAUGUCAUUUUAUAGAUGUAUCUUUUUAUAAGAUAUAUAUAUAUAUAUGUAUAUUUUUUUUUCUUUUUGAAAAUAUGACGCGAAAAAUCCUGGCGUGCGUCUCCUCAUUUCCGACGUUUCAUUAAACAAGGAUAGUCAUAGUGGCUAUUCCGAAGCCUUAUUAUAAAAAUUAUAAUUCUUAUGUUAGACGAAUUCGCGGGAUAGUUUAGUAUAGAAUCACUGCAUAUUGUACAGAACCGAAACUAGGUGUUAGGAUUCACUCGAGAUAUUUUUUUCGUUUUAGUUACAUUAUUUGCGGUGAAUGUCUAAUGUAUUUGAGCUCCGAUCGCUGUGUUUUAUUUUGAGUCCGUAUUAUUUUCUCCUGAAACAGCGUAGAUUAUUUGAUUACGUUAUUCUAUGCCUCGUCACAAUUGUAUAAUAAACUUUAUAUUUCUAUCGUACAUACACAUAAUACAUACACAUUAUAUAUAUAUAUAUAUAAACACACACAUA